AUGAAUCACAGAGCUGUGAUUUGGUUGCUCUGUGUUGUUGCAGUAUACGCACAAUAUGGUGACAAUAGUGCCCAAACACAUGGUAAGUUUUUGAAGUUUUUUGAAUAACUGUAGGGAUAUCUUGGCUUUUCAGUACUAUCUUAACAAGUAUAUAACCAAAAAAAAAUUUUUCGAAGAGAAACAGAAGAGUGAAUUAAAAAUUUUUUUUUGAAAAAAAGUUAGCAGUGGGCACCACGUUCACUUAUUAUAUGUAAAUUAAAAUCGAUUUUUUGAAAAUUUUGAAAUUUAAAAAAAUUUAUAGUUGUCAUGAAAAAUUAACUUAUAAUACCAUUAUAUUGUAUACUCUGACAGUCCGCUACUUUUCAGGUCCGCUGUUACGCGUUGAAGGUGAAGUUCACGCCGAAAAAGCCGAGGAACAAAAGUUGGGUGGCUUGAAUCCGACAGGUAAUUGCUUUCGAAAUUCGAAAUUUAAUGUCGUUGACGUAACAACUUAGCUCAUGGUUUAAUUUUUUAUUUAAAAAAAUUUUUAUUUUAUUAGAUUGUUCAAAUAUUUCUGAGCCUUCACUCAAAGAAAAUUUUUUGAGUUAGGGGAUUCAAAAUUAUUUGAACAACCUAUAAUAAUUUUUUUUUCAAAUAUAUUUUAAAGAUGUGACAGUUUUUUAUGCCUAAAAAAACUAGCCGUAUUUUACCUUUUCAGACGUAGGCUACGGAACCCCCAGCUCACGAUCCGUGCCGGCGUCGGUAGGCGUUGUGCCUCAUUCAGCCAAGAAGACAGAUGAAUCUAGUGAAGAAUCCAAAGAAUCUUCCGAAUCUGUUGCUCAUUCACAGUCAGGUGGUGCUCCUGGAUAUGGUCCAGAUGGUCCCACUACUGAAGCUACAAAGGAAGAAGAGGUUUUUGCUACUGGAAUCCAUGGAAUGGACGUGACAACCGUUGAGAGUGCUGCUACUGAAAGUGGUGCUCAUGAUGGAGCUAUAAGUGGUGCUCACGGUGCAUCUGCCAGUGAAGCUCAUGAUGCUGACAACAGUGGAUCAUAUGAUGGCCAUAAAAGUGGUGCUCAUGGUGCAACAGCUCAAGAAGAUGAUUCUAGCGUUGCUACAACCCCAGAAGCUUCAAAUGCCGCCACCGUAGCUGAACAAACUCAUGACAGCGGCUACGACAAUAUCGAUACGACCACUAACACUGCCGCGCCAUCAACUACUAAAGCAUCUAAGGAAACUGAAGGUAAUGCUACAACACAACAGCCUUCAGACGGCUCAACACGUCAAACUGCUACACCACCACCCCCAACUCCAAAACCUUCGGAUGAUAACACAACUCCAGAACCCAAGUCUCCAGCUGUAGCCACGCCUGAAGUUAGCCCUAAAUCCGAAGAAACUACCACGCCUUCUAAAUCUAUGGAGACUACAACUGAAGCUACAACUGAAAAUCCGGAAAAUUUUAAAUUAAGCGCUGAGAAAGAGAGCUCAAAGUCGGCUGAAGAAGCUACGGAAAAAGAAGCCGAGAAGCUGAUGGCUGGAGCUGGCAAGGUCGACGGUGCAUCUGGAUCUACUGGUGCUUCUGAAUCCAGCACAACUUUAGAGACCACUGGUGCUUCAGAAUCUGCUAGUGCAUCGCCUUCAGAAGCUUCUAGUGAAUCGCCUUCAGAAUCUGCUAGUCCAUCAGAUGCUGCUGGACCAUCACCUCCUGAAUCCGCUGGUCCUUCAGCAUCAGAAUCUACUGAAUCUUCACCAUUUGAAUCAGAUGGCAAAAAGAGACCUGACGCCGGCUAUGAUAUUCCUGGGGCUUCUGGAGCCAAAGAAACUGCUUCAGAAGUAACAACUGCUAGUCCAGCUACAGAAAGUACAGCUUCGUCAGAAUCUGAAGCUAUUCCAAUGUCAGAAGCUAAUACAGAAGCUAAUUCUGAAGCUAAAGCUUCUGAAAACGUUCCAGGAGAUAAGAUGAAUUCUAAAAAGCCUUCUGAAUCUAAAGAUGCUGCUCCAAAGGUUUCUCAACCAGCUAGUGCUAUUGGUUAUGAAGCAGCUAAUGAAGCUUCAGCUCAACCGUCGCCAUCUGAUUCUACAGCACCAGCUUCUUCUGAUGCCAAUUCAAAACCAAAAGCUACUGGAUCACAAAGUGCUGUAGCCUACGAUACGGAUUCUAGUCCAGCUCCACCAACUACUCAGGCAACGUCACGCGAAGUCAACACCCUACCACCAGCUGUUCAACCUGCUGCGCCUGGAAUCGCGGCAAAUGAUCACGAAGACAUGGAGACUACAACUGCUACACAUGAUCAAGAAGACUCUAAAAACAAAGAGGCUUCAGAAGGCCAAGGAACUUCUGAAAGUCAUCCUAGAACUCACAGCUACGGUGAUGAUGUUGUGGGAGCUUCAUUGACUGAUGUCCUUUCAGCUAAUGGUAAUGCUGAAGCUACUACUAGUGGUGCUACAGAAGGUUCAUCAGAUUCUCAUGGUACUAAGGCUUUAGAAGCUUCGUAUGAUUCUGCCCCAGUAUCACUAGCUAACCCAGUUGCUGUAGAAACCACGAUCGAGCCAGAAACAACAGAAGCUACAACACCAGAGCCGACUGAGGCUUCUACGGCUUCUGAAUCACAUGGCGGUAAAGCUACAACAUCUGCAAGUAAUGAAUAUGGUCCUUCUGGCCAAGUUACGCCUUCUACAACUUCUGAAACUACUGAAGGCGCGGUCUUAAGCACAGAAUCUGCUUUGGUAAGCAGUGAAGCCACGAACAGUUUUGAAGGCGGUGCUGCUCCUGGACUAAAUCCUACCACUACACCUUCAUCUGGAUACAAUGCUGAAGCUACUACACCAUCUGGACAUGAGUCUGAAGCUUCACCGCCAGCUUCAGGAUACGAUUCUGGAGCUUCUACGCCAUCUGGAGCGACUGGAAACGAAGAAAAACCUUCGGAAGUCCCUCAUGCUACAGCAUCUACUGAGCAAGCUACAACGGUCGAAAAUGAAGCUUCUUCUUCAGCUACAGCAUCAGCCGGAGUUCAAUCGUCAGCUUCUCAAUCUUAUGACAAUGCUCUACCAAAUGAAAAGAAGAAUCCAUCUGCACCAUCAGCACCCUCCUCAGCAUCAGGAUCAGUACCAACAUUGUCCCCAUCAUCAUCAAGAUUAGCAUCCUCAUCACAACGAGUACUAUCAGAACCUCACGCUACAUUUAGCUCACAUCCCGCUAGACCAGCCCAACCUUUACCUGAAGCUCAACCCAGUCCAGCUGAAGUUUAUAGUCCAAGUGGUGGUAAUAGCAAACCAACAGUACCAACUGCUCCAAAGACAUGGAAAAUCAGCCAAGGAUUCAAGACGCCAGUUGAUGGAGAGACUUCUAGUAGUAAGUUUGGUAUUUUUUGGCAGCAAAUGUAACGUUAUGACUAUAAUAUCUAACGUAUAUAUUAUAUGUUAAUGACAAAAAUGUUGACAGUGAAAAGGCGUAUUGACAAUAAUAACUCUAAUUUGAGUUUGCCAUAAUAUUUUAUAUUUUGAUGUUUAACAUUGAUUUGUGUUUAUAAUAUACUGCAUGUAACAAAAAUACUAACUUUUUAAGACAAACCUCACUAUGACGCUCCAAAACCAUCACAUACGUUGGAGCCAUCUGGAUAUGGGCAAAAUGGUAACAUAUUUUUGUUUUACUAAAAAAUUUUGAUUUGAGUUACUUAUAGUAAAUGUUACGCUUUAACUAUAUGUAGCUUAACACAAUGUAACCUAUAAAAUAGAUUUAAUAUUGUAAAAAUUUAGUUUACUAUGUAAAAGCGUACUUAGUAGCAUAAAAAUUAUGUUUACAAUAUACAAACGUAUCCAAUAACAUAAAAAUUAAGUUUACUAUGUAAAAAAAUACUCAGUAACAUAAAAAUUAAGUUUACUAUGUAAAAAAAUACUCAGUAACAUAAAAAUUAAGUUUACUAACCUAACAUUCAUACAUGUUUCAGAAGUCACUCCAGUCCACUCUGCACCAGCACGUGUUGUCUGUAUGUUACUAACUCAAAGUUUAAAAAAAGCAUUUUGAAGCUUAAAAUUUAAUUAUUUUUAAAAAGUUUUACUCAAAAACUUUUUGAAUUUUCUUUAAAUAUAAAGUAUACAGCACCUAUUAUAAUACUUGUAUUAAACGUAAAUAAGCUAAAAUUCAAAAUUGAAUUAACCAGCUAAAAAUAAUGUUACUCUUUCAGCUGUUAGUGAAGCCGUAGGCUACGAUGGAGUACCCACAUCACCACAAAGAGAUGCCAAAGUUGACAAAGCUUCAGGUGGGAUAGUAAUGUUUAAAAAUAAUGUUUAUAUUAUAUCAGUUAAUUCGUAAUCUACAUCUUUUUAAAAUACGCAAAAAAGCAUGGUCAAAAAAAGCUUAAAAAUUUUUUUUUAAAAUUAAAAUGUUACGUUUUAUAUAAAUAGUAAAAUACGCAACCGAGACUUUUGAACUCAAAAACUAAUUAUAACCUAUUUCUAGCUCACGUCAAUGUACAGUCGAGAUCAAGCUCAUUGAGAAAACCAUGUAAGUUACCGUAGUUCCCCUCCUAUAUUAACUUUCAAAAAAAAAUAAAAAACUACAGCUAUGUAUAGUAAACCUUCCGUAUUACCCAGGUCAUACUAUACUAUUAAGUGCCGACAUAAGGUACCAUACUAAUAGGUCCCGACAUAAAGAAUCCGCCAUUUUUUACAGGAAAUUAGAGGAAAAGUAUGGCGGGUUCUUUAUGUCGGCACCUAUAGAACGUUCAAAUAAUCCUGUGCUUCAUUCAAAGCAAAUUUUUGGGGUUAAAGGGUCAUAACUAUUUGAACAACCCAACACUAAACUUCUAGGAUAAACAAUGUGCCACUUAGUAUUAGUUUAUCACUAAAAAAGAAUCAAAAAUGAAGAUUGGCCUGCGGGUCUUUUGACUUUUGACUACAAAAAAUAAAAAAAUGUAAAAUUUCACUAAAAUUAAAAUUUCAGGGAAACCCUUUGAAAUGAACUGUGAAACCGAAGUUGAUGACCGUGGGACAGAAUUGUGUGCCGAAUGGGCCAAGGGUGGACUUUGUGAUGCCCACAAAGCUACCAUGUUCUUGUUCUGUCGCAAAACUUGUCUUUGUGUGGGUCCACCACCAAGCUCGAGUGAACAACAUGAAGUUCGAAGGGGAAGAAGACAUCACAGGUUCUUCAGAUUCAACCUAUAA